UUCUCUGUUUCUGCUGCGGGAGGAAUUACAGAAGCUUCAGUCUGGAUCCAGCCCUUAAACGAUCUGAGAUGAAAGAAACGAUUUUUAUCGUGAAAAGCGCUAUACAAAUAAACUUGAAUUGAACUGAAUUGAAUCUGUAUGUCAUGAUUAAUUUAAUCUUUAAUGUUUUGUCUCUGUAGGUUUGCGCGCAUGUUGGCGGCGACGCGCUCCGGAGCGCAAGGACCAACGAGAGCGCGCAUCUGAUCUCGGGGGCGAGCAGCGAGUUCUUUCACAGAGAAGCAGCAGUGAAUGUGUCAGAUCUUCACCAGAUCUGCAGAAGCAGCAGUGAAUGCGCAGAUCUGAGCAGAGAGAAGCAGAAGCAGCAUCAGACGCGCGCAGAUGGCGGGAGCGCAGCCGGGAGUUCACGCGCUCCAGCUCAAACGCGUGUCAGUGACCGAGAGCCUGAGGACCGGAGACAAAUUCAUUAAAUGGGACGAUGACUGCACCGCAGUUACGCCGGUAACGUUGCGCGUGGAUCCGCGGGGCUACUUCCUGUACUGGACCGAUCAGAAUAAGGAGACCGACCUGUUAGACCUCUCGCUCAUCAAGGAUACGAGAAAUGGGAGAUUUGCCAAGACACCAAAGGAGGCCAAGCAGCGAGAGCUUCUGGAUGUGGGGACUCUGGAGGGGAAGCUGGAGAACAGGACACUCACAGUGGUCUGUGGUGCAGACAUGGUCAACAUCACCUGCCUGAACUUUACGGCCUUCAACGAAGAGGUGGCCAAGGAGUGGGCCGAAGAGCUUUUCAGCUUGGCGUCGAACCUGCUUGCUCAGAACAUGUCCAGAGAAUCUUGUCUGGAGAAAGUGUACACCAGACUGACACUACAGCUGACGGCCGAGGGUGGGAUUCCUGUGAAAAAUAUCUUCCGUCUGUUCUCAGCCGACAGACGGCGGGUUGAAAAUGCUCUGGAGGCCUGCAGCCUGCCGACGGGACGAAAUGACACCAUUCCUCAGGAUAUGUUUACACCUGACGUAUACCGACAGCUCCUGAACAACAUUUGUCCACGAAACGACAUCGAUACGAUCUUCUCAGAAAUCGGCGCUAAGAUCCGGCCGUACCUUACUGUAGAGCAGAUGACAGAUUUCCUGAACAACAAACAGAGAGACCCUCGUCUGAACGAGAUCCUGUACCCGCCCCUCAAAGCUGAACAGGUGCAGGGAUUGGUGGAGAAAUACGAGCCUGACACCAUGCUUUCACGAAGAGGGCAGAUCUCGGUGGAGGGCUUCGCCAGAUAUCUGAGUGGAGAAGAGAACAGUAUUAUUCCUCCAGAGAAGCUGGACCAGAGUGAAGACAUGACACUGCCGCUCUCGCAUUACUUCAUCAACUCCUCGCACAACACCUACCUCACAGCGGGUCAGCUGGCGGGAAACUCAUCUGUGGAGAUUUACCGGCAGGUUCUGCUCUCCGGCUGUCGCUGUAUAGAGCUGGACUGCUGGAAGGGCCGGACCGCCGACGAGGAGCCAAUCAUUACACACGGCUUCACCAUGACCUCAGAGAUCUUCUUCAAGGAGGUGAUUGAGGCCAUCGCAGAGAGUGCCUUCAAGACGUCUUCGUUCCCUGUCAUCCUGUCCUUUGAGAACCAUGUGGACUCUCCCAAACAGCAGGCAAAGAUGGCCGAGUAUUGCCGAUCAAUAUUUGGAGAAGCAUUGCUCACAGACUCACUAGAGAAAUACCCUUUGGAGGUUGGUGUUCCUCUGCCCAGCCCCGUGGACCUGAUGGGCAAAAUCCUCAUCAAGAAUAAGAAGAAUUCCCACAAAGCCGACGGCAGCACCAAGAAGAAGCUCUCAGAGCAAACGUCCAAUACCUGCAGUGACACGUCCAGCCUGUGCGAGCCCUCGUCUCCCAGCGCAGGGUCCAUACAUCAGGAGACACCAGACAGCGCUCAUGCAGAUGGGAACGAGAGAGGCGAAAGAAGAUUGCAGGGAAUGAGGUCCAUUGAUAAAACGACUGGGUCGCUAUUUAAUAACGCAUGUGUGGCGGAUGACAAAGGGGAAGCGGACGCAGAGAGUGAUGCGGAUGAAGAUAACGAUGAAAGUAAGAAGUCCAUGGAUGAGGGGACGGUAAAUGAAGCCUUUGCCACAGAGGAGAUGUCCAACUUAGUCAACUACAUUCAGCCUGUUAAAUUCAACUCCUUCGAGGCGUGCAAAAAAAUCGAUCGAAGUUAUGAAAUGUCGUCGUUUGUGGAGACCAAAGCACUGGAGCUGCUCAAAGAAUCGCCGGUGGAGUUCGUUGAGUAUAAUAAACUGCAGCUGAGCAGAAUUUAUCCCAAAGGAACUCGAGUCGACUCCUCGAACUACAUGCCUCAGGUCUUCUGGAACGCCGGAUGUCAGCUGGUCGCUCUGAACUUCCAGACCAUAGAUCUGCCCAUGCAGCUGAAUCUGGGCAUAUUUGAGUACAACGGGAAAUGUGGCUACAGACUGAAGCCAGAGUUCAUGCGACGGACGGACAAACAGUUUGACCCGUUCACUCAGAAUACAGUAGACGGAAUCGUAGCACACACGCUAUCUGUGAAGAUCAUAUCCGGUCAGUUCCUGUCCGAUAAGAGAGUCGGUGUUUACGUGGAGGUGGAAAUGUUCGGCCUGCCGGUGGACACCAAACGGAAAGCAUUUAAGACCAAGACAUCUCAAGGCAAUGCCAACAAUCCGGUGUGGGAUGAAGAUCCAGUGGUCUUCAAAAGAGUGGUUCUUCCCACGCUGGCGUCAUUGAGGAUAGCCGUGUAUGAAGACAAUGGGAAAUUUAUCGGCCAUCGCAUCAUCCCAGUAUGUGCCAUCCGACCCGGAUAUCAUUACAUCAGUCUGAGGAGCGAGAAGAACCAGACGCUGACACUUCCGUCCGUCUUCGUCUACACUGAGGUCAAGGACUACGUCCCAGACACCUUUGCAGAUGUGAUCGAGGCCCUGUCCAAUCCCAUCCUGUACGUCAGUCUGAUGGAGCAGAGAGCCAAUCAGCUGGCGGCUCUAACACAAGAGGAGGGAGCGCAGGAGACCGACAGAGAAGAGCAGGUCAAUGGCCGUGGAGAUCCUGUGUCAGAGGUCAAGACUGACCCAAAACCCGCCGCAGAGAACGGGCUGAACCAUGACAGCAUCUCGCCCAAAUCAUCCGUGGUCAGUCACCAGACUUCAUCCUCAGGGUCGGUCAAACCUGCUGUGAAGUCUGAGGAUGUGGUCCAGAGUGUUUUAACAGAGGUGGACGCUCAGACUGUAGAUGAACUGAAACAGAUGAAGGGAUAUUUGCGGGAGCAGAAGAGGCAGUACAAAGAACUAAAGGAACUCAUGAGGAAACACAACAAGAAAACGAACGAGCUGAUUAACGAACACGCAUCCAGACAGAAGCAGCAGCACAGCGAGUUCCUCCGGCGCAGGUCUGCUCUGCAGAAGAGGAGCGUGUCGGAUCAGGAUCAGGAUCUGCUGGCGCUGGAGCAGGAGAGAUGUGGGAAACUGAGUGAACUGAAGGAGCAGCAGCAGCGGCAGCUCCUCGCUCUCAGACAGGAGCAGUUCUACAGCGAGAAAUACCUCAAACGAGAGCACGUCAAACUGCUUGUUGAGAAGUUGACGGCUGUGGCAGAAGAGUGUCAGAAUAACCAGCUGAAGAAACUGAAGGAUCUGUGUGAGAAAGAAAACAAAGACUUGAAGAAAAGGAUGGACAAGAGACGACAGGAGAAGUUUCAAGAAGCCCGAACGCUGGAGAAGACUCUGACUGAUGAGAAAAAGAUGGAGAUGAACAGAUCACAUGUGAACGAGGUGGUGCAGUCCAUCAAACGGCUGGAAGAAGCUCAGGCCAAACGACUGGAGAGAUUACUGGAAAAACAUAAAGAUAUUCGACUGCAAAUCCUGGACGACAAACCAAAGCUUCAGAGCGAGCUGGACCAGGAGUAUCAGGACAAGUUUCGGAGGCUUCCAGUGGAAAUCCAAGAAUUCGUGCAGGAUUCUGCUGCUUGUAAAGGCAAGUUAAGCCAAGAAAGUGACUUUCUUCCCAUUUCCACCACGACGGGGAAGCUCAAGCACGCGGCGCUCUCGCCAGCUGAAGACGUGGAGGAGCGAUCUUCAGAGAAAGUCUUCAACACGCCGCUCUGAGUUUGUUGUACCUUUGUAAACACGUUUUUGUACUUCAUACGCUGUUGAGUUUCCCUGAUUUAAUGUGCACCUUUUAGUAUGAUGACUGGAUGACUUACUAGAACAAUGUUAAAAAUAAUUGUUCUUUUUUUCUUACUUUUAAACCUUAGUUUUCACAAAAACUCGCUGCUUAUGUGGAUUUAAAUAUGUGUUUAAAUGGACUCUUGUGUAUGUUUAGAUGAGUCUUACUGUCACUUAAUGAUUUGAAAAACUCUUUUAAUAUGAAAUUUAGGCUCUACUUAGGUCACAUAUGUUGUCUUGAACCAUUCUGCCACAAUUUAGACUUUGUAUGAAUGCAUUUUUUUUAUGUAUAUAUACAGUAUAUAUAUAUAUAUAUAGCAACACAUGGAUAUGAAAUAUAAAGGCUUCAAUGAUUCAUUUGCUUGCAUGUUAUUGUACAAAUAUGUGAUGUGGAAGGAAAACAUUCUUUUACAACAAGUAUAUGUAGAUUUACAUUUACAUUUAUGCAUUUGGCAGACUUGCACUGCAUUAAGACUUCACAUUUGAUCAGUUCAUUCAUUCCCUGGGAAUCGAACCCACGACCUCAACUUUACUAGCGCUCGAUCUACUGUUGGAAUGAUAUUUAAUAAAGAUUGUUAUGUGCCACAAAGAGGAAUAUUUGACCACAAAUACACUGUGGGAAAACAUUUAUGGCCCAAAACAAACCAUAACUGACCAGAGUCACGACUGGACCAAAGUUUCAAAUGAAGAUGAACUUUCAAAACUUUAAAGACACUGUCAUUAAUGUGAUGAAUGUGUUUACCGAUAAGAGAAGUGAACAUUUGUGUGUGAAAGACUCGACGCUGCCCGUUUCUGAGGUUCUUUUAUCAAUGUUUACGAGACAACACUAAACAGCACUAGUGCCACACACAUCUGAGAUGUGAACAGCAUCUCGAGUCUCUGAACACGUUUACCUUCUCUAAUGCAUCACGUGUUAAUUGGUCAUUGUAAUAUAACAGUCUGUGGGCGUCUAGUGGACUAAUGAGUAAAGCUUGUGACUAGCAGAAAAGUUACAGUCAUAGAGACAUCUUCACACGCUUUUCACAAGUUUCUCCUCGCUGGUGUUGAUGUACGUGAAGCUUCUUGAAAUCAGGUCAAGUGUAAGCGGGUUAUAAAUGCCUGUGGAUGAAAUAAAUGCUGCUUCUGUCUAAA